AUGCGCCAAAUAUCGUUGGAAUCGUGCCAAAAUUCUACAAAACGCUCCAGACUCCAAUGCUCCAAAUUUCGAAAACAUUGUGCCAAAAUGCUGAACUUCUUCAGGAAUGUUCAAAAAUGCUCUAAAAAUGCUCCAGACAAAGAUAGAGCAACCUUUUGGACCCUACAGAGCUUCAGAAGUGCUCCAAAUGAUGUAAGCAUUGUGCCAAAAUGCUCCAAAACUCUCCAAAAGCCUCCUCGAUCUGAUUACGGCCGCCUAGAAGGAUUGAUCGGUCCAUGGAGGUCUGUCCAUGGUCUGAGCCGCGGCAAGAAGCCUGUCAGAAUGGUGCAAAAAUGCUCCAAUUCCUCCAAAAUGCACCAGACGACGAUCCAGCAACCUUCUGGACUCCAAAGUUACAGAAAUGCUUCCAAUGCUCCAAAAUGCCCAUAUUCCAAUCGACUGCUACUACUUCCAAAUGCCUCUCAACUUGAUAAAUGUGUUUUGAUAGUGCUCUCCCAGCACCCACCACCCCAAAAAAACAGCACAAAGAGCAUCUUCUCCCCGUUUUUUGCCAAUUUCUUUUGUUUCUAA